AUGGGGACGGGGCACGCGAUACUGCUGCCGAUUUUACUUUUGGUGACUGUUGUGGAGAUAUGUGCAGCUCAAAAUGAUAUGACACUGUCAGUUUAUACAGUUACCUCUAAAUCAUUGACGCUGAAAUGGACUAAGGUCCCAGGAGCAAGCUUCUAUAAGCUAGAGGCAACACCAAAGAACUCCCCCCAAGGACAAGUCUUCGUUCAGUUUGAUCAGAAUACAAUUCUGGGCUCGAUCAUUUCCCUUUCCCCAAACACACAGUACACCGUGAAGAUAGAGGCCAUGGACGAGCUGAUGACUGUCCUCGCCAGCGCUGAAACUGACACCUCUACAGCUCCUGAAAUUCCGGUUAUUAGCACAACCUACUCUAAAUCAAGUCAAAGCAUCACAGUGGAGUUCCCAGAGGUCACCGGAGCAACUGCCUACAUCUUGAGGGCAGAGUCCCAGCUAUUGGUGGGUGAUUUCUUCUUCUCUGAAGCUCGAGUGUCGGGCUCCCCGGGCACAAUAGAGGGUCUCCAGCCUUUCACAGAGUACAAAAUCAGCAUCAUGUCUGAGAAUGCAGUGGGGCGUAGCCAACCUUCUUAUCCAACUGACCAGAGAACAGUAAUUGUAGCACCAAAUUUGAAUAUCUCAUCUCCGACAAGUACCUCCAUUUUGGCUUCGUGGGACCCCGUGGACCAUGCUGACCUUUACACGUUUGUAAUCAUCCAAGAAGGAACCAAUAUCCGCAUGGACAUAAGCGCCAACAAAACAACACUGGAGUUGAACAACCUCCAACCAGGAACUAACUACAACAUAAAGGCACAGGCACAGGAUGCCGACGGGCGACCUGGAGAUGACCAAACAUUUGUCCAGAUCACACGCCCAGCCACCCCUGAUGCGCCGAACGUGCUGGUCAACUCGGGCCGAACGGGUAUGCUGGUGUACUGGGGAGCGCAACAAGGAGCCACUACCUACACUGUAUGGAGCACCAACAACCAAACAUGCAACCACACGGUGUACAGUUCCUGCUACAUUGGGCCAGUCGAGUGUGGUCAGAAGCAAUCGCUAACGGUGACGGCCUACAACUCUGCUGGACCCAGUAGCCCCUCACUGCCAGGAGAGUAUCUCACAUAUCCCUGCCCUGCAAAUAACACCAGAGUGGAAGAGUACGAGCCUGGCAACUGCUCCAUCCGGUGGGACAACGUUUAUUUAGCAGAAUUUUACUUGGUUUAUGUGAAAGGAAACGACGGCAAAGAGGAGUCGUGCAACACCACCGUCACCAGCUGCCCUUUCAACUGCUCAUGUGGCCACACCUUCAUCGCCAUCGUGGUCCCUCACAACUCAGUGGGAGGAAGCCCUGUGAUCGAGCUGCUCAACUACACCACGCUUCCUUGUUGUCCAGAGACAGUGAAUGUCACGUUGGUGUCCUCUGAGACUGUGGAGAUUGAGUGGUCAGAAGUGAGCGGAGCUGAGCUGUACCAAGUCACUGCUGAAGAGACGGAGACCAUCCACUGUAAUGACACGGAGACCAUUUGUGCACUGUCUGAUUUGGAAUGUGAUUCCACAUACUCCAUCAAGGUCACACCAUGUAACGAACUGCGAGGAUGCAACACAACUUGCAAGGCACACACCCAACAAACAGCCCCGUGUCCUCCAGUAAUCGUUAAUAUCACACAAAUGAACACCACCAGAUACAGUGUCUACUUCAGCACCCCGAACAGAGAAGGCACAACCUACAUUAUCACAGCCUCUGCCUCUGGAACAGCUCCCCGUGUUUGUAGAAGCACAGGGAACUCAUGCGAGCUGACAAACCUGCCCUGUGGGACAGUCUUCAAGGUCCUGGGAGUGGCUGAAUCAAACGUUGCUGGAAAAAGUAUUCCUGGUUAUGAGAAAAUACUGGAGACAGGGCCAUGCUGUCCUCAGAAUGUUGUGGUCACACAAGUGACUCUGGCUAUGACCAAUGUGAGCUGGACUCCUGCAACUGGCGCACGGUCAUUCGUCACCAGUUUACUCUCACGGCGAGGAGAUGCCAAGUGCCACACGGUGGACGACAGCUGCCUUAUGGGCUGCAUCACCUGUGGCACCAACUACAGCGUCAGUAUUGAGGCCAUCAGCAGUACGGGACACAUGUCUGAGUGCCACUACAAAGGAUUCUCAUCAAGUCCGUGCUGUCCAACAAACAUCAAGAUUCAACGUCUACCAAACAGUGCCAAUUUAAGAGUGUCCUGGCGGUCUUUGGGCCCACAAAUCUACAACCACAGCGUUGAGUUAACAGAACAAAGUGCAAACCUCAGCUGUGUGGCUACUCCUGGUAGUAGGUACUGUGACAUUAUGGAAAACACUUGUGGAAAUGUCUACACCGUGCUGGUGUCUCCAGUUCUCCCUGAUGGAACAAAAACAGAUUUCUGCCAAGAAAGGACCUACUCGGUUCCAUGCCCGGGAGGUGUCGAUAUGAUGAUGAAUAUUAAUGGGUGA